AACAACAGUCAAACGUAAGCACUUGGAAACAUCUGUGCUGUAAUAUAGAAAUUAGUUAAAUUAUUACAAAAUUGCCUCCUAAACCAAGAUGCUAGAUUUAUUCAGCAUUUUCAGUAAAGGUGGGAUUGUACUAUGGUGUUUCCAAAGCACCAGUGAUAUUUUUACGCCUUCUGUUAACGCUUUAAUCCGUAGUGUUAUUUUGCAGGAGCGAACAGGGAACAAUACUUUCAACCACAAUGCUCUAACGCUGCAGUACAAGCUCGACAAUGAGUUUGAACUGGUUUUUGUGGUGGCAUAUCAGCGUAUACUUCAAUUGUCAUACGUGGAUAAGUUCCUUAAUGACAUCCAUCUGGAAUUUAGAGAUAAGUACAAAAAUGAGUUGCAGGGAGCGCAGCAUAUCAUGGACUUUGACUUCAAGACAACAUUUGACAAGAUUCUCAAAGGAUGUGAAGUAUGGGCUAAGUCACAAGCUAAGAUUCCAAAACAAAUGAGAACAUUUGAAGAUUCCCAGAAGUCCAAAAAGACUGUUGCUUCAAUGAUUGAGCGUAAGGGAGAAGAAAAGAGUAAAAAGUCAGUAAAAAUAGUUGAAACAAAGAUCAAUAGUAAUGGGAAAGUUGAGGAGUCCCCAGAGACAGAUGAAGAUGUGAUAGCUGCCAACCGUGCCAAGUUAGCGCAGAAGCUUGCAUCCAAGAAUAAGAAGGAAACUAAGAAGUCGCCAAAAGUGACGAAGUCGCCUGUGGCGGAGGAGCGCGUGAAGCAGCCGCGCGUGUGGGCGCUGGGCGGCGGCGCGCGCGACCUGCCCGCGCUGGACUUCAGCACCGACCGGCCCGAGGACGCCGACCACCGGAUCAACGCCGACACACAGUUGGUCGGGCAAAUGACCGGCGCUAUCCGCGACCUAGAGGUGGAAUCCGAGGAGAGCAGCGAAGACGAGGAGUACGACGCCAAGCCCAGCCCCAAGAAGUCGGGGGGCAUGUUCAGCAUUUUCAAGGGUCUAGUCGGGUCCAAGGCCCUGACUGAGGAAAGCAUGCGUCCAGUUCUAGACAAGAUGCGUGAUCACCUGAUCGCUAAGAAUGUCGCCGCUGACAUCGCCAACAAGUUGUGCGACUCGGUGGCCAGCAAGUUGGAAGGAAAGGUGCUAGGAACAUUCGACAGCGUGGCCAAAACAAUCAAGACUACCCUCACGGAGUCCCUGGUUCAGAUCCUGUCGCCAAAACGUCGCGUGGACAUCCUCCGGGACUGCAUGCACGCCAAGCAGCAGGGCCGGCCUUAUGUUAUGGCCUUUUGUGGGGUGAACGGCGUAGGCAAAUCGACGAACCUGGCGAAGAUCUGCUUCUGGCUGAUAGAGAACGACAUGUCGGUGCUGAUCGCGGCGUGCGACACGUUCCGCGCCGGCGCCGUGGAGCAGCUGCGCACGCACACGCGCCACCUCAACGCGCUGCACCCGGACGCGAGGCACGGCGGAAGGAAGAUGGUGCAUUUGUAUGAGAAGGGAUAUGGCAAAGACGCCGCCGGCAUUGCUAUGGAAGCUAUAAAGUUCGCGUCAGACAGCAAGAUUGACGUGGUGCUGGUGGACACGGCGGGCCGCAUGCAGGACAACGAGCCGCUGAUGAGGGCGCUGGCCAAGCUCAUCAAGGUCAACGAGCCUGACAUGGUGCUGUUUGUGGGGGAAGCCUUGGUCGGGAACGAGGCUGUCGAUCAGCUGGUCAAAUUUAAUCAGGCGCUGGCAGACCACAGCUCCUCGACGAACCCCCACAUGAUCGACGGAAUAGUGCUGACCAAGUUCGACACAAUCGACGAUAAAGUCGGCGCGGCGAUAUCGAUGACGUACAUCACUGGCCAGCCCAUAGUAUUCGUCGGCACCGGACAGACUUACACGGAUCUGAAGGCACUCAAUGCGAACGCCGUAGUCCAUGCUCUGAUGAAGUAAUUCUGAAUGUGUUGUAUAUGCCAGGAUUUGUAAUUAUUUCAGAUAUAAAAAGGUAGGUUUGAAAGUAGUAUUUUUUUUUAUUUUGUUUGGGGUCGGUGUUACAAAAGUUUUUUGAUGAAAAUCGCUAAUAGAAAAGUAUGUAUGUUUGUGUCUGUAAUGUACUUACAAAGAAUAUAAAAAGUACCAAAUGUAUAGAGUAUAUUUUUCAGUCUGUUUUUUUUAUAUUAUUCACAUUGACAAUACUUUACUUUUAUUAUCUGGCAUAUACAAUAUUAGAUAAAUAUAUUAUUAAACUUUAAUUAUUUGCCCUAAGUAUUUCGACCGUAUUGUAUUUCUUUACCUAUUAAUAUUUACUGUUUAUUCAUGUAAUAGUAUAACUGUAAUCUUAAACUAAACUUAUUAUUUCAAACACGUUCUAAUACAAAGCAACGAAAUAGACACAUUCAGUUAUUUUUUGAUAUUUUAUUUGAUCUUUAAACAUUGUUAUCGUGAAAUAAUCAUGGUUAUGUGUCCUCGGCAACUUUUCAAUAUAAUUUAUUGUUUCUCUUAAUAAAUAUUAUUCUACUCGUAUCACAUAUGAUUUUUAUUCCAAUAUAAAGUUACAGGGAUUUGGGUUUUUUUAAAUGUAUUUUUUUAUAUAUUGUAGCGAUUGUUACUGUGUCAUAUAGUUUAGUCAUUAUUGCGUACUAUCAUCAUAAUAUUCGCUUUCAGUAAAGUUCAUUCCAUACAAAUCUGAGGUACAAUCUGAAAGACAGUGUCAACCAUCUUAUAGUAAGUCGCAUCGGCAAAAUUCAAUGGCGCAGAAUAGCGCAACCAACCGCCGAAUGAAAACUCAAUAAAAUAAUGACCUUAUCAAAAGUACAUUAGACUUAAAAUGCAAAAACAACAUUUCUUCUGCUAUCUCGCUCAUAAUAGCGGUUCGCGGGUUCAACUGGUCAAUUUGAGUUUUGCUUGCUUUAUCGCUUCCGCAUGUAAAAAAAAAUAAACCCAAAACUUCAUAGAAAUAAUAACAGACUUAUGAUUUUGUUGGUCGACAUUAUUGAAGCAAGACUUAAGAUUCAUGCGCAUCACUUGUAAGUUUACCUUUUGAUCCAACUGUCUUUUUGCAUCGACCACAUUGUGCCUUUCCCGCUUUGCCGAGCGGUAAAAUGAAACAAAAUAUCCACUGCCCGAUGUAGCCUUCACAGAUGAUACGCUCAAUCUUGAUGAGUAUUUUUUAGGUAAUUAGGUACUAAAAUAAAGGUAAACAUUCUUGACACGUCUUUUUUAUUGAUAAAUACUUUCAAAAAUUUUAGUCUUAAAAAAAAAUAGCAAAAAGAAAUGACAGACAUUAUAAUGAAUUAGUUUUGCUGUUAACCAUACCUUAUUUUAGACAUGACACAUGUAUUUUCAGCAAAAAGACGUAUCAAGAGUGUUUACUUUCAAACAAUUGGUUCAUAAAUUUUAAUAACCACUAACCACCUAAUGCCUUCACAGAUAAUAGAGUUCGCCCGUAUGUACUUAGAUAUAUUCUGUAAUGUAAAACCACAUCACUUCAGUUGUUUCUCUGAGCCGCGGCUCAAAUUAGGGUUUGUAACCGUCACACUAUGGUCAUUUUGUAAAGAUACCUAUUUAACUCUAAAGGUUUAGUAAACCAGUCUUCACUUUGUGUUCACUUUACCUUAUAACGUCAAUGCCCUUAUCAAUCCAUGUAAUGCUCUGAAAAAUAUUAUGUAUUGUCAUAAGUAUAGUCUUAAUUUUAUCCGUUGAAUAAUCUGUUAUGUAUUUAUAAAUAAACUUUAAUUAUAUCUACAGCGUUAACAUUGAUAAAUUUAAUACAAUUGUUUCAUAUUACAGUUGGUUCAGCAUGUUGUAUUUUAUUUCUAUUUGUUAAUUGAGCAGACACGAUUUUCUUUAAUAAAAAGCGAAUUAUA